UACUUUACUUUAAACGCAGUUAACCAGAACCUGUCAUCCCGACUGCUCCCUUCAAUGUUCCGCAGCGAGCUUCACCCUAGCCGGCCAAACCUGACCUAACAGCCCCUCAGCUUCAGUCUCCGCACCUCAUUAACACCCGUUCACUCAGCAGCACCAUGCCCAGCCUGAGGGACACUCUGAGACCCAGACUCUGCCUUCUGGAGAAAGGCGACAAUGGCUACGGCUUCCACCUGCACGGGGAAAAGGGGAAGACGGGCCAGUUCAUACGGCUGGUGGAGCCGGACUCUCCCGCGGAGGUGUCGGGUCUGCGCGCGGGGGACCGGCUGGUCUUCGUAAACGGAGAGAACGUGGAGAACGAGAGUCACCAGCAGGUCGUAUCGCGGAUCCGCGCGACCGCAGGCAGCCUGGAGCUGGUGGUGGUGGACAUGGACACGGAGCAGCUGCUGAGGAAGCACGAGCUGAAGUGUCUGAGGGAGUACGUGACGGAGGGGAUCCCGGUGGCGGACUGGGAGCUGGAGAGCGAGGCUGCGGAGGUUAACGGCGGCGCCAGAGAGUCCACCCCGGAGCUCGUGCAGAACGGAGGGGUGAAGCACAGUCCUGUGGAGGAGAGAGUCAGCUCCGCGAGCUCCGAACAGGACUAUAAGGACGAGCUGAGGCCGCGGCUGUGUGUGAUACAGAAAGGCUCCAAUGGCUAUGGCUUCAACCUGCACAGCGAGAAGACCCGACCAGGCCAGUACAUCAGAGCUGUGGACGACGACUCACCAGCUGAAAAGGCGGGCCUGUUUCCCAAAGACCGCAUAAUCCAGGUAAAUGGCGUGUCAGUGGAGGGAAAGACGCACUCGGAGGUGGUGGCUGCCAUUAGAGCAGGAGGUGAUAAGACAACGCUGCUGGUUGUGGAUCCAGACGCAGAUGAGUUCUUUAAAAAGUGCAGAGUUACUCCGUCACCAGAACACAUCUCAGGACUCUUGCCUGAGCCAUUUGUGAAUGGGAACAGAGAGGAAGAGCAGGUUAAUGGAAAAAUAGACAGAGCGGUUGAGCUGAAGGAGACCAGGGUGUCAGUCAGCCCAUCACCUUCAAAUGCCUCCUCUAACACAUCCCUCACUAUUCCACCCACAGACACCCCCCCGCUUGAAACUGUAGAGCCGUCCAUCAUGGAUGCCAUUCCAGCCCUGAAUCUUUCCCUGCAGCAGGUGAAAGAGCGCGCUCACCAGAAACGCUCCAAUAAGAGAGCUCCCGCCAUGGACUGGAACAAGAAACAUGAACUUUUCAGUAAAAUGUAAAACUUCUCUUCCUGUGAGUUUACCUGGAUAAUGUGUUCACCACUCAAAGCAGAGGAAGGAGGUUUUGUGUCCUCCUGUUUUUAUAUGACCUGUUUUAAACUCGAUCUGAAGAAGAGAAUAAUAAAGCUUUUCUAGUUAUUAAAUGAAGGAUCAUCUCAGUCACAGAAAACAAAAAAGUCUCAGCAACUUUACAGAACAAAUAAGACCUUUCAGUGGAAGAAUUCAAUAUAAAGACUAGUUUCCAAUAGAAAUAAAAAUCCAAAAAGUGACAUAUGGCAAAAAAGACAUUUAAGUUUUUUUUUUCUGUGAUUGUGAUAUGUAUAUAGUAUUUAGUCAGGUCCUUAAGUAUAUGGACUGUGAAUUUUAUUUUGUCUUUUUUUUUCCUCUGUACACCACUGAAAUGGAUUUAAUAUAAAGCAAUCAAAAUAGAAUCAGAAAUAUUGCAUUUACAGUUUAUGAAAAACAGCUAUUUUUUACACAGCUAGUGUAGUUGCUGCUUAUCUGUGGAUCUGCCUCUUUUAAGUUUUGUAUUCAGUAAGUAAAAAAUGUUCAGUUGGGUAAAAAUACCGUGAAGUAUCAUCUGCAUCUCUCAGUUCUGCAGAAUUAGAAAUUUGCUGAAUGUGAACAAAAUAUCAGAUUAUUAAGUUUCAGUUUAUCCUGCUACUUCUGUCAGCAGUGGAAACACUGCCUCCACCAUGUUUAACAUCCAGAAUGCUUCCUUUUCUAGACUAAGGCUAUCUUCUACACUUUCAUCUGUCUACAGAAUCUUGAUAUUUAUUAAUGUUACAUGGUUAACUGUUAUUUCUAAUUUGUACAUUUUUUUAACUAGUUUCUGACGCUGCUCAGACAGGUUUGUUUGAUUUUGGCCUCCAUCUCUCUCAUCUACAUCCGUUUGGACUACAAAUAUUGAAAUCAACUCCAGAUCUUUUAUCUGUGUAAAUUGUCAUGAAAUAAUGAGGUGCCGAGCAGUCAAUUGAGUUCACAUUUAAAAUAGUUUGAAACGGAACUGGAAAUCUACACUUUAAUCCUUGAUUGCUUUAUUUCAGAUCCAGUGGCGUGGUGUACUGACCCAAAAUUAUGUUAAUACACUGUUCAAAUAUUUAUGGACAUGACACACACACACACAUGUAUAAAUGAAAUAUACACAGAUUAUAUUUUAAUAUGUUAGUACUAACAAAUGAUCAGUAGCAGUGUAGAACUCUUAGCAGCACUAAUCUAUUAUAACUGAAUCCUGUGUAAUGCAGUUUUGUUUUGUAUUUCGGGGAAGGCUUGGUUAUUCCUGUGUUUCUUUGUCUUUGUGUUUUUGUUGUGUCCAAAACAUCCACAAUGGCCCUGCUGGUCAGAGAGCUUGAUACCUGUUCUCCACUUUAUUUAUGUAGAAAUGUGCAUAACAAUAUUCUGCAACCAUGUUUUAGACUUUGUCCGUAUCUGCGGCUGAAAACCGGCGACCCCUGCAGUGAUGUCUUAUAGCUGCAUGUAUUGUGAAGGUGUAAAAGGGAACCAUAUGACAGAUAAAUGAUUGCCGACCACUCUGACUUCCAUAGCAGGCCAUUGAGGUGUUACUGGUGUCGUGCCAUGGCAGUAUCACCGUUAUAAAUCGAAACAUUUCACCAACAAUAUCUUUGUUUUAAAGAAUACAGAGAUUACUGUGCUCUAAUUACCAUGAUGUCUUAAAGCUGUUAUAUUUUAUAGUUCAGUAUUGAUUAAUUUUAACUGCAGUGUAUAAUAGUCACUUUAAAGCACUGCUGCAUAUCUGAUGUAAUUCCUCUUUUAAAUACACAUUUAUAUGUGGGCUGUUUUUUUCUGUACUAUAAUAAAGCUAUAGAACAAUCA